CGAUAACCACUGCAGCACUGACGCGACUUCGGCGACUCGGCGCGGCGGCGUGUAUUUAUUGACUCGCGGCUCACCACCUGGCAGCACGACCCAACCCCCACGCACCACUACCACCCACCACCACCACCCCACCAGCACAAUGACCUACGACCUGCCCCCCGCACUACCCGCAACGGCCACGCCGGCAGACUACAGCAGGAUCCACUUCGACCCGUCCGAAGUCCCAGCCAAGCGCAUCGUCGGGCUCCUGGCCUGUCAGCGCGACCCCCUGCUCCGCAGCCUGACCUCGCGCGUGGUCGUUACCCGCCCGGCGUGCGACGCUCCCCUCGCCCAAAAGGGCCGCGAUCGCAAGAAGAAGGGCAGCAGCGAGGCGUCGUCCGCGGCCACCUCUGCCGCGCCGAGCGGCGCCGCCACGCCGACCGGCAAGCUGUGGGAGGUGGAGCUCGAGGACACGGUCAUCUUUCCCGAGGGCGGCGGGCAGCCGUGGGACACUGGCGUGCUGCGGGUGCACGACGCGAAUGGGGGCGAGCACGAGUUUGCCGUCGAGGCAUGUAUCCGCCGCGGCCUGGACGCCGUGCACCGCGUGCGUGUGCCCGACGGCUCCGCGAUCGACUUUGCGCAGCUCGCAGGGGCGGCCGCAACGGCAGAGGUGCACUGGGACCGAAGGCUAGACCACAUGGUGACGCACACCGCGCAGCAUCUGUUGUCUGCCGUGCUCGACGCGAAAGGCCUCCCGACGCUCUCCUGGGGAAUGGGGCAGUACCCGUCCAUCGACGCGCCGUACGUCGAGCUCCCGCGCGGCCUGACGUGGGCCGAGGCGCAGGCGGCCGAGGAAGAGUGCAACGCGCAUAUCCGUGCCGGGCUCAAGGUGUGGAUCGACGUCACGAUGCAGGGUGUGGCGGAGACGGACGAGGAGAGGAAGGCAGAGGUCGAGCGCGAGUUUAGGGCUAUCCCGAAGGAUUAUACUGGAGGCGUCAUCCGCCACUGCAACAUCACCGGGGUGGACCGCAACGCAUGCUGCGGCACACAGUGCCCGGACCUGACGCACAUCUCGUUCCUGCACGUGCUCCCGCCGUCGUCUCCGCACGCGGCCACGACGCCGUCGAGCACGACGCCGACGCGCCUGUACUUUGUCGCGGGCACGCGCGCGAUCGGGCACCUCCAGCAUGCGAGCCGCGAGCUCUCGCGCGCGGGCCAGGCAGUCAACGUCGGCCGGAACGACCUGUUCGAGCGCAUCUCCAAGAUCGAGGCCAACCGCUUCGAGCAGGCCGAGGCGGGCAAGGCGAUGAAGGGCGAGCUCGCGCGCAUGGUCGGCGACGCGGCCGCGGCGCAGACGCAGCCAGUGGUGCAUGUCCACCGCAGCGAGAAGGCGACGCACGACUUCGACUUCUUGGGCAGCGUCGCUGCGUCGUUUGUUGACGCGCGGCCAAGCGACACGAUCGUGCUCACGAGCGCGGUGAGCCCGCCCGCCCUCCUCCUCGUCCAGAGCAAGGACAACGACCGCGCCAAGGCCGCCUUCGACGCGCUCAAGGCCGCCCUCGCGGGCGACGACAAGGCGCGCGUCAAGGGCGGCGGCGCGCGCGGACGGUACAUGGCCAAGGUGGAGGGCAAGUGGGGCAAGGCGGAGGCUGAGGCCGUUGCGCGGGUGUUGGAGGAGCUCAAGGCGUAAUAUGCAUGCUGUGGCUGGG